AUGUCCAUCACCUUCCACUCUACAGUCCCCAUCCUGCGCAUCUUCGACAUCCCCAAAGCCGAGAAAUUUUACACCGACUACCUCGGCUUCCAAACCGACUGGGACCAUAGAUUCGAUGACGCCGCACCUCUCUAUCGACAAAUCUCAAGAAGCGGACUAGUAUUGCAUUUAAGCGAGCAUCAUGGCGAUGGGAGUCCCGGCGUUCAUGUCAGGGUGGGGAUGACGGGCUUAGUGGCGUACCACGCUGAGCUGCAGGCUAAGGCGUAUCGGUAUUUGAGGCCGGGGAUUGAGGAAGGUUAUACAAUAGCAAUCACGAUGGGUCCAUCUCGACAGGUUGGACAAUCAACUUCUGUUGUCCUCAAUAGUCCUUUUGCCUCUGAUGCGCAGUUGUAUUGUACAAUGAUUCGACGCCCAGAACAAUGCAUCACGAUCUUUCGCGCCAACCACAAUCAGCGCACCAAACUCAGCAUGUUACAAGAAGUGUAG